UUAUAUGGUUUACUGUAUCCUUAUAUGGGUUACUGUAUCCUUAUAUGGGUUACUGUAUCCUUAUAUGGGUUACUGCAUCCUCAUAUGGGUUACUGCAUCUUUCUAUGGUUUACUGUAUCCUUAUAUGGGUUACUGCAUCCUCAUAUGGGUUACUGCAUCUUUCUAUGGGUUACUGCAUCUUUAUAUGGGUUACUGUAUCCUCAUAUGGGUUACUGCAUCCUCAUAUGGGUUACUGCAUCUUUCUAUGGUUUACUGUAUCCUUAUAUGGGUUACUGUAUCCUUAUAUGGGUUACUGCAUCUUUCUAUGGGUUACUGCAUCUUUCUAUGGUUUACUGUAUCCUUAUAUGGGUUACUGUAUCCUUAUAUGGGUUACUGCAUUCUUAUAUGGGUUACUGCAUCUUUCUAUGGGUUACUGUAUCCUUAUAUGGGUUACUGCAUCUUUCUAUGGGUUACUGCAUCUUUCUAUGGGUUACUGCAUCUUUCUAUGGGUUACUGUAUCUUUCUAUAGGUUACUGCAUCUUUCUAUGGGUUACUGCAUCUUUCUAUGGGUUACUGUAUACUUAUAUGGGUUACUGUAUCCUUAUAUGGGUUACUGUAUCUUUCUAUAGGUUACUGCAUCUUCCUAUGGGUUACUGUAUCCUUAUAUGGGUUACUAUAUCCUUAUAUGGGUUACUGUAUCCUUAUAUGGGUUACUGUAUCCUUAUAUGGGUUACUGUAUCCUUAUAUGGGUUACUGUAUCCUUAUAUAGGUUACUGCAUCUUCCUAUGGGUUACUGUAUCCUUAUAUGGUUACUGUAUCCUUAUAUGGGUUACUGUAUCUUUCUAUGGGUUACUGCAUCUUUCUAUGGGUUACUGUAUCCUUAUAUGGGUUACUAUAUCCUUAUAUGGGUUACUGUAUCUUUCUAUGGGUUACUGCAUCUUUCUAUGGGUUACUGUAUCCUUAUAUGGGUUACUGUAUCCUUAUAUGGGUUACUGCAUCUAUAUAUGGGUUACUGUAUCCUUAUAUGGGUUACUGUAUCUUUCUAUAGGUUACUGCAUCUUCCUAUGGGUUACUGUAUCCUUAUAUGGGUUACUAUAUCCUUAUAUGGGUUACUGUAUCCUUAUAUGGGUUACUGUAUCCUUAUAUGGGUUACUGUAUCCUUAUAUGGGUUACUGUAUCCUUAUAUAGGUUACUGCAUCUUCCUAUGGGUUACUGUAUCCUUAUAUGGUUACUGUAUCCUUAUAUGGGUUACUGUAUCUUUCUAUGGGUUACUGUAUCUUUCUAUGGGUUACUAUAUCCUUAUAUGGGUUACUGUAUCUUUCUAUGGGUUACUGCAUCUUUCUAUGGGUUCCUGCAUCUUUCUAUGGGUUACUGUAUCCUUAUAUUGGUUACUGUAUCCUUAUAUGGGUUACUGCAUCUUUCUAUGGGUUACUGCAUCUUUCUAUGGGUUACUGUAUCCUUAUAUUGGUUACUGUAUCUUUCUAUGGGUUACUGUAUCUUUCUAUGGGUUACUGCAUCUUUCUAUGGGUUACUGCAUCUUUCUAUGGGUUACUGCAUCUUUCUAUGGUUUACUGUAUCCUUAUAUGGGUUACUGUAUCCUUAUAUUGGUUACUGUAUCUUUCUAUGGGUUACUGCAUCUUUCUAUGGGUUACUGCAUCUUUCUAUGGAUUACUGUAUCUUUCUAUGGGUUACUGUAUCUUUCUAUGGAUUACUGUAUCUUUCUAUGGGUUACUGCAUCUUUCUAUGGGUUAUAG